CCCCCAUUUAACUAACCCUCUUUUCAAUCUCCCCUGUACCUCCCCAGUCCACGCGCAUUUCCGCCCUUCUCCAUUACAAUGAAGCUCAUCAAGAGCAUCUCUAACCCCAAGAAGCUAUUCAAGUCCAAAUUAGGCCGCCUCAUUUCCAGAUCCGACGACCCCACCUCCAUCAGCUCCGGAUCCGCCUCCGGUUCCUCCGAUUUCCCCAACGGAUCCUCCAAAAAGCCCCAAACUCCGACCAGCGUCCUCCCCGUCGAAUUCCACGCCGACGUCUACAGCGAGCUCGUCCAGGCGUUCCAUCUGAUCGACAGAGACGGUGACGGGAAGAUUCAGAAAUCAGAGCUGGCUGCUCUGCUGAGCCUGUUCGGAGCAGAGCCUCCCAGCGAGGAGGAGAUCGAUACGAUGAUGGGCGAAGUCGACAGGGACGGCGACGGAUGUAUCAGCCUGGAGGAGUUCGCGGCGCUCCGGCCGGCUUUCGCGCCGCCGGCUUGCGGCUCGGAGAUGAGAGACACGUUCGAUUUCUUCGAUACGAACGGCGACGGGAAGAUCUCGGCGGAGGAGCUGUUUAACGUGUUUAAAACGAUCGGGGACGGGAAGUGCACGUUAGAGGAAUGCCAGCGCAUGAUAAGAGGAGUCGAUCAGAAUGAGGAUGGGUUUGUCUGCUUCGAGGACUUUAGCCGUAUGAUGGAGCUGCGGAUAUGAUUGGCCGAUGAUUUUGCAUCGUAUCUACGUCAUGAUCUAGCUUCAUAGCUGCUCUUGAUUAGCAUGAUACUCCACUAUACAUAGAUUCUCCUUUCGUCAUGCUGUGUUAUUACUCCAUAUAUAAACUUUUAUUAUUUAUUGGUUUUAAAUUAGUGGAAAUAGAAUAAAAUUAUUCUAUCCACAUAAUCCUCCCUCCCAACAUUCUCAAAUUUCACUUUUCUUACUCAACUCAAUUUCAUUUGAUCCUCUAAUUUCAAGUACUGUAAUCUUUUAUAAAC